AUGCGGCGCCCUCCCUCCCUCCCUCCCGGCGGCAGCAUGAGCCCGUCCUUCCUCCUCCUCCUCCUCCUCCUCGCCCUGCCCGCCCGCGCCCGGCGAGAGCAGGUGCCCGGCGGGGCUCAGCGGGGCCGCAACGCCCCCGCGUCUUCCUCCUCUUCCUCCUCCCCGGCGGCGGCGGGGCCGAGCCGCUUCCCGCGGAGCCGCCCGGAUCGGCGGCGGGGCCGCCUUUACUGCCGGGUGGGCAUCGGCUUCCACCUGCAGCUGCACCCCGACGGCCGCGUGGACGGCGCCCACGAUGCGAGUCCGCUCAGUAUUUUGGAAAUAUUUGCUGUGUCUCAGGGGAUUGUAGGAAUACGAGGAGUUUUCAGCAACAAAUUUUUAGCGAUGUCAAAAAAAGGAAAACUCCAUGCAAGUGCUAGCUUCACGGCGGAUUGCCAUUUCCGGGAGCGCUUCCAGGAGAACAGCUACAACACGUACGCCUCGGCCGUGCACCGCAGCCCCCGCUCGGGCCGCCCCUGGUACGUGGCUCUCAACAAGCGGGGCAAAGCCAAGCGGGGCUGCAGCCCCCGCGCCCGGCCCCAGCACGUUUCCACGCACUUCCUGCCCCGCUUCUGGCAGCCGCAGCCCCCUGAGCUCGCCUUCACCGUGGCGCUCCCCGACAAGAAGCCCCCGCCGCCCGAGGCCAAGCUGGCCCCGUCGCCACCUCGGAGGAGCCCCGGCCCCGUCAAGUACCGGCUCAAGUUCCGCUUUGGGUAG